GGACCACUUCUGACCGCUUGUAUACCUAGAUUUGUAUGUACCUUGGUCCGAUGCCGGCGCUAUACAUAUCAUGACUAUUGGGACUCAUGCAUAGGGCUUGUAACGUUCACCGGUACGUGCGUUGCAUAGUAAUGAUCGAGUGUGAAUGGAAGCAACGAGUGAACCAAACAACGCGUCAACAACGCGCUUAUAUGAUUAUUCUCUUGCCAACUGCUUGCUCAGUCAAAACCGUCACAUUACAGCAAUCUAACAGCUUCCACCUUUCUAACAGACAUACUUGACCUUCAUCAUGUCUUACCUGCCACCUGUUUACCCACCAAUGUUUGACGAGUCAUUCAGCAGACCACCCAGCAAUACUCAGCCCCAAGCGGCGGACGGCUGCAUACAUUACGAUACAAGCAACGGCGAUCUCGCUGCCGCAGACGUUGUUACGAAUGUGCACCAGGAUGAUGCUGAAAUGGUCUCUAUGAACUCUGUUAACCAACUUGACCUCACUAUAUGCGCUUUGCAGGCUAGCGAAACUUCUUCUGACAGCACAAACCGUGAUACCGGGAGUCCUAUUCAUAUACCCUCUUCACCCACCAAGGGGGAUUUAACUUCCUAUAUGAAUGUCGCACCGCCUAUCCUGGUUCUUUCUGGACCAAACGAGCUUGGUUGUGCACCUUCCGAAGUACCCCCUUGUCUGGAGGUUGAUCUGACAUCUCUCUCUGAACCUCGUGGUCCUGUCCUUGCUGGAAGUGUACCUGAAGCCUUGGCACUAUCGACGACCGAUCCUGUUCAAGAAGCUGUUGAACCAUCCACCCUUUCUAAUUCCGCCCUAACUUCCCUCCUCUGUGCAAUCGGUGUUGAUCAACUUUUACCGGACCUCUUCCAACGAACUACGGAAGACACACUGAGGGCAACAGACAAAGCUCUCUUACCGAUAGGUCACGGACACAAAGAAUAUUCCGAGAAACAUACUGAAGAUAUCAAUAACAAUGCUUGUUCUCCACUCCCUGCUCCUGUUAUUCCGAUUCUCGAUGCUACUAUCGCUGAUUCUAUCUCGACUGACGACAAUACUGAACUUCUUGACGAAUCUGCAACUAUUACUAAACUUGCUCAAACUGAUUUCGAAGCAAACUUCAGCUUAGGGCAAUCCCAACCCGUACCCUAUAUUGUUGAAGAUAACCUGCCGCUAGAUACCGAACUAGAUGCUUCUUCGGUUGACUGCACCCCAGCCAGUGAUGCUCCUUUGGAAUUUGAAGGAUAUAAAACAUACGAACUGCAUGACCUAUUUCCUGAACUGCCUGCCGAGGCACUUCCGAUUUCAAGUAUCGGCACCGAGAACUCGCAGAACAAGUACCCGAUUGAACUCGGCGUUGAUCUACCUCCCGCCGCAAACGAACCCGUUCUGCCGGACGCCAUUGCUUUUCAAGAGGACGAAAACAUGGAGCCUGUUUCCCCGUCACCGUCAUACUCAUCAUUGCCAUCUUCAAGCCCUCCUGGGCUAUUUUCAUCGUCUCCACCUCCGGACGACCUAGCUACGCCUCCUUCCUCAUCGCCCCCUCCUGUACGCUCUUCUCAGGCUGAUGAGAAACGAGAUGCAGUGGGUUAUGAAAUUGAUGACUCUUCGAUGCCGCUUCAACAUUCGGAUUAUCUAACCAAUACCUUGGAAGAAGACAGUUCCAUGGCUUCACGGAUGAAGCCUGAACUUGACGAAGAACCUUCUGACAAUAACGUCUCAGACAAUAACACCUCGAUUGCAGAUUCGGGACCACAGGAAAUAUCCAUCGCGACCGAUAUGCAGAUGAACGCGGCUUCGCAUCAGCCUCCGAAUCCCAAACGACCUACAUUUGCUUCUCAGGAGAAGCAGUACCGAAAGUUGGCGAGGCCCUUCCGUUCCCCUGUCAUCAAUAACGACAGUCCUUUGAUGAUGGGGAAAGGAGUGUAUGUUGGAGGCAAGGUUGAGAAACCCUCGGUCCUGGUAAACGAUGAGAGUCCCGUACCAACGGCGACGGUCAUAACUGAACCGUUCAAGGAUCAUACAAAGAACGCAGCUAAACAGUUCAAAUCGCCACUUUCCCAGACUGUCACUGGACCUAGUCCGUCAUUGGUGACCACGAACGCAUCCGGCAGAUACUCCGAUGCACAAUCAUUGUUUUCUAUUCAACAGUUGCAGGCGAAGGUACAGAAACUCAAACAAGCCAUCAAAAUUAAACAGGAUGGGAAUGGAGAAGAGGAAGAACAAUUGGCGAAGCUUGUCUCGAAAUGGCGAACAGCUGGUCGAGACGUGGCUUGGGAAGUAUGGGAUACGGUCAAGGAUCUUGCACCUGGGGAAGGGCCAAUGAUAGGGCCACUUCGUGGCGGUUGGGAUGAAGGGGAAAAGCCAUUUGGUCAAACACAGGGAGGAAAACGACGACGGGACGGAUGGGGUUAUGAUGACGAUCGGGGCGGAAAGAAGGCUAAAGUCGAGGGCUUUGAGAGCAGCUGGGGCUGGAAUAAUGACCAGAAGAACGCGGAGAUUGGGGCAGUUCCGGAUGAGGAUUCGGCGAUGGAGGUUGAGGACGAAGAGGUGGAUACACCUCAGCACGCCCUCGGAACCAUGCUCAGGUUCAUGGGUAUUGCGCCGGAAACAUUGGGAUGGAACGAAGAUGAAGGGGACUUCGUAGGUGAUGCGUAGAUGAUUAUUCUUAGGCCAUUGGGAACGUCUUAUCAGUAGGUAGGCGCCGACAUCACAUUCCCUUAGAUCCAAAUAAUGUGUUGACCGUGUACUGCAUGGACCGACGACUUUCAGUACUAGCAAGAAUUUCCCCCUGUUCAUACACUUCUGUAGACUCGUCGAAGUAUUUCUUGGGCGUAUCCUGCGGCUCAAUGUGCUCACAGUCGCGUUCGUGUUCUAACAUCUUCGUAUACGAUGAACAAAGAAUUUGUAUUCGUGUG